AUGGACAAGGCAGGCACCGCCUCCAAGGCAGGCACCGCCUCCAAGGCAGGCACCGCCUCCAAGGCAGGCGCCUCCAAGGUGGGCUCCUCCUCCGCGUCCGCCGCCGACGGCAAGUCGAUGCACGCCAUGUCGCACGCGAUCGGCAUCGCCAUCGCGCGGCUCGACAACCAGGCGACGGCGGGCGAGAAGCUCGCCCUCUCCGACCCCGACCGCCUCAUCGGGGCGCAAGAGCGCCUCCUCGUCGCAAACAUCGGCGGCCUCCCGGACAACCUCGGCGUCGCGCCGUCGGACAACUUCCACGUCCUCAUCGUCGACGACUCGCCGAUCGUGCGCGCGCUCCACCUCAACUUGGUAAAGACGUGUGCGCCGGGCGCGACGGACGAGCUGCCCGAGUUCGAGAUGACCGCUGAGUACCUCGACCCGGCCGCAAAGUACGUCUUCAAGUAUGGCGUUGGCUACUCGGUCUUCCUCAUCUUCGUCUGGCCGCUCGCCGUCAUCGCGUGGGGCGUCUUCGACAAGGCCAACUACACGCUCUGGGCCUCGGUCGCCUACUGCUGGGGCUACAUCGGCUCGCUCGUCAUCGUCGUGCUGCCCGUCUACGAGUCGUGGGGCUCGCUCCAGAAUGUGCUGACCUGCACCAAGCCUGCGCCGGAGGCCAAGGAGUGA